AUGGCGACCCAGUCGGCGGCAGCUUCAAAGAAGCAGCAAGAUCUCCAGAUGCAAUACAGCACCUAUAAGAACACCUUGCAACAACUCGCCCAGAAAAUCGGUGACGUUGACCAGGAGAAGGAAGAGCACAAAGCCGUCCUGGAGACAUUGGAGCCGCUCUCGGGGGACCGCAAGUGCUUUCGGAUGAUCAACGGUGUUCUUGCCGAGAGGACUGUCAAAGAUGUCGUUCCGGCACUGAAGACGAACCUCGAGGGGCUGGAGAAGGUUCUGACCGAGCUCACUGAGCAAUACAACACAAAGACCACCGAGAUGGAGAAAUGGAAAAAGAAGAACAAUGUCCAGGUGGUGCAGUAG